UGCUUUCAGUUCCAUUGCGGCAUUCGCCAACUUUUCAGAAACAUUUGAUUCAGCGGUGCUGAAUUAGGGUUAUUCUAUUCGGAGAUCGAGACGAAUCCGAGAAUGUCCUCCGCGGAGUUGGUCAACGGCGGCGGCGGAGGAGAGGAUCGAGCGGAGGCCGCCGAGAGCCAUGUGGUGGUGGAGCUGGUUUCGGCGUCGGCCGGCGAUUCUAGCAGCUCCGAUUCGAUUUCCGAGGACCAGAUGGCCCCUCUCUUGGCUCAAGCGGAGAAGCCCAAGAUCAACAUCUUCUCCGCUCCCUACCCCAGACGGAAGCGAAGUCGGGAGCAAGUAACAAGAGUAGCAGAAACAGAGACAUCACCUUUUAUCCAGUUCUUUAUGUGGGCAUGGAGUGGAUCUAGGUAUUCUGGUCUACUAUGCAUGGCCUUGUCAUCUGUUGUCUACUGUAUCAUGGAAGUCCUUUCAGAUAUUUUUUCUGUUCAAUCAGUACCUCUUUUUGAGAUAACAUCAACAAGAUGUAUUAUUAUCUCGGUAUUAUCAUUCUUGUGGCUGCGAAGGAGUGGGCAACCAAUGCUUGGGCCAACAAAUGUCAGGAAUCUCUUGGUUUUAAGAGCUCUCACAGGAUGCCUGUCCUUGUUGAGUUUUAUUUAUUGCAUUCAGAGGUUACCAUUGUCGCAGGCUAUCAUUCUGAGCUUUACAGCUCCAAUUAUGGCAUCUCUUGCUGCAAGAAUCAUCUUGCAUGAAAACUUGAAAAUUGCAGAAGUAGGAGGUCUUGCUUGCAACUUUUUUGGUGUUCUCUUCAUUUUUCGGGCAACACUUUCCACACAAGGAGGGCUAGGUAAAGUUGAGGAAGCAAGGGACUUGUACGUAAAAGGAAUCCAUCAUAUUUAUGCAGUGCUGAUUGGCUUAUUUUCAUCAAUAACUGGUGGAAUCAGCUACUGCCUCAUAAGGGCGGGAGCAAAGGCAUCUGAUCAGCCCGUGGUCACAGUUUUUUCAUUUGGAAUAUUUGCCAGCCCCGCUUCAAUAAUAUGUACUUUUGCCUUUGAGGAUUUUGUUCUACCAGGUUUUUAUUCUUUCUUUCUCAUGGUUGUGCUUGGCGCACUGGCCUUCUUUGCAGAGGUACUAUUAGCACGUGGGCUUCAGCUUGAGAAAACGAGUAAAGUUUCAAAUAUUCAAUAUAUUGAGGCUGCUUUAUCACAGAUAUGGGGCAUGGCUUCAUCAAGAAUAGUUCCAUCCUUUGGAAGAUUCAUCGGCUGUUCCCUUAUCAUAAUUUCAGCAUGUUGCACCAUGUACAUUGGUCCUGAGAAAGAUACUGAAUGAAACACUUCUAGGCAUUGUAUGUUUACAAUUGGUUUCUCUCAUUCUUGGUUAUAUUCAACCUGCCUUCAUUCUUGCAGACUCUAAAUUGUGUCUACAAUUUUCUGCUUCCUUCAUCUGCAUACAAGUGACAUAUGACCUUUCCCCGGGCAUGCAACGCUUUUGUAAUUGCAGUCAUAAAUGCAUACAUACCAUACUGCUUCUAUAUUGCCUUCCUGCAUUUGCAUACCUUUGAAAAGGAACCUGAUCUGCACUCAAAAUGAUGAUUGAUUGGGUUUCUAAUAUUAAGGUUAUUGUAGUUUAGGAACCCUUUAUAUAACAGCUUGGUAGUUAUUCCCUGGCUUUCUUAAUUCAUUGUGGAGGUGGUGGUUAGAUAGAGGGCUGAAGUGACCGGGUGGUGGUGGGAUAGUAGGCUCGCGGAGUUGAAAUGCUGGUGGUGCUGGCUAGUUAAAUGCUGGUGGUGCCGGGGAAGAUUGCAUUCAUAUCCACCCUUUCCCUGAAUUUGUGCAAUGUUUCAAAAGAGGGGGUAGUUAAUAAUGUAAUUUCCAAGACACCAAAGAGAAGUUUGUGUGAGAUCUCCAAAUUCGGGACAUAAUAAUAUAAAUUUGUUUUAAUUCUAGUAAUAUUUUCAGUGUACAUUUUCUA